GCGUGGUGCUGAGGCAAGCAAGACCAGGCCGGCCCAGGCCAUGGGGCGCAAGUUGGACCCGACCCGUAAGGUGAAGCGAGGCCCAGGGCGAAAGGCCCGCAAGCAGCGCGGAGCGGAGGAGGAGCUCGCCCGCUUUCUGCCCCCUGAUCCUAAUGAUGCAAGGAAGCUUUCCGGUCAUGCUCGGCGAAGAGCUGCAAAGAGACGAAUCAAAUCUGCAAAACCCCAGACAGGCAAGAGUAUCCUUGACGUCCAGGCGCUGACAGCUACAGAAAAAUCAUUGGAGGCUGCAGAUGAGGAAGCCACGUUGCCGGAUGGCUGCCGGGCUGGUUUCAGCGAUGACAAUGCCACGUGGCUUACUCCUUCUGUUCCCGGGAAGAAGAGAUCCAGGCCUGAAGAAAGCGAUGAAGAGGAAUGCGAAGCACUCAGUGGCAGUGACGGGAGUGAGGGUCCCUGGCAGAGUGACGGAGAGGACAGGAGCGAGGACGGGAUGGUGGACGAUUAUGGCGCUUUGUCUUCCGGGGAUGAAGACGAGCUCCUGCCUAUAGAACAAGCUGCCCAGAAAGAGAAACUGGAGGGGCAGAGUUCCAGCGAGGAUGACAGUGAGGAUGAGGAGACGGCGCCGCACAAGCAGGACGUGGAGCAGGACAAGGAGACAGACCUGCAACUCAAUGUGGAGGCAGAUGAGAGUUUUGUGCUUCCGAGUGGGCAGGAGAUAGAGAAAGAAGCUGCUCAGCCGCCUGACCUCCAGCUCAUUCAUCAGCGUAUAAAGGACAAUAUAGAGGUGCUUCAGGACUUCAGUACGAAACGGGAGGAGGGCCGCUCGCGGCAGGAGUAUCUGAGCCUCCUGCGUCAGGACCUGGCUGCGUACUACUCCUACAGCGACUUCUUAAUUGGGAAGAUGAUGGACCUCUUCCCACUCUCUGAGUUGGUUGACUUCUUGGAGUCCAAUGAGGUUCCUCGGCCUGUGACCCUCCGUACCAACACGCUGAAGACACGGCGACGGGACCUGGCGCAGGCCCUGAUUAAUCGUGGAGUGAAUCUAGACCCGUUAGGAAAGUGGUCAAAAACUGGGCUUGUCGUGUAUGACUCCUCUGUGCCCAUAGGUGCCACUCCGGAAUACUUGGCCGGGCAGUACAUGCUGCAAGGGGCCUCCAGCCUCCUCCCCGUCAUGGCUCUUGCCCCCCAGGAGAAUGAGCGCAUUUUGGACAUGUGCUGUGCCCCAGGAGGCAAGACCAGCUACAUAGCCCAACUGAUGAAGAACACCGGUGUGAUUCUGGCCAAUGACGGCAACGCUGAGCGAUUGCACAGUGUAGUUGGAAACCUGCACCGCUUAGGAGUCACAAACACUGUUGUGAGCCACUGUGACGGGCGGCAGUUUCCCAAGGUCCUGGGUGGUUUUGACCGGGUCCUGCUCGAUGCACCCUGCAGUGGCACAGGCGUUAUUUCAAAGGACCCCACAGUUAAAACGAAUAAGGACGAGAAAGACAUUUUGCGCUGUGCUCACCUACAGAAGGAACUGAUUCUCAGCGCCAUUGACUCGGUCAACGCCGCCUCUGAGACUGGGGGCUACCUGGUGUAUUGCACUUGUUCAGUCAUGGUAGAGGAAAACGAGUGGGUUGUGGAUUAUGCCCUGAAGAAGCGCAACGUCCGUUUGGUGCCGACAGGUCUGGACUUCGGCAAAGAGGGAUUUACCAGGUUUAAGGAACGUCGUUUCCAUCCUUCUUUGAAAUCCACACGGCGCUUCUACCCUCACACGCACAACAUGGAUGGCUUCUUUGUUGCCAAACUCAAGAAGUUUUCCAACGCCAUUCCCAAGGCCCCGAAAGAGGAAGAUCCUACCGGGGAGACCGCAAAAGAGGGGUCCGCCCCGGUAGCUGCUGAGCCUCUGCCGAAAAAGAAAAAAUACGCAGAGUUGAAAGCUGUUAAGAAACAGACUGCAAAACGGGAGCUUUCUGCAGCAGUAGAAACCAAGAAGCAGGCUAAAGGAGAGUUAAAAGCUGAUCAGAAGAAACGGCUCCCGGUGUCCCGGCAAGGCUCCUUUCAGAAGCGGCCCAGGCCCUUGAAGCCUGCUCGGCCCUCCCCAGGCGGCCUGAGGGCUCCAUCAACCCCCGGCAAGAAGCGCAAAGUGCACCGAAGCCACCAGUAGGAGAACGUUGCAUUUGCUUGAUGCUUCUCUAAGAACUGCUGGCCGGUGCUAGUAAGACUGGUGGGAGAUCCUCUCAGAGGGACUUGUCCUGGCAAGACCUGUGCAGGGUUGGCGCUCUGGCAUUCUUCUGGAGGGAACUGAAAUAUUUAAUUUGCUUUUAACCCUGCUUAAGAGUAGAGACUGAAUGAGGCCUAUAAGUCAUUAAAUUUUUUCUACCUGUUUA